CGCUACACGGCUAUAUCCCAAGAGCGUGAAAGAAAAGCUGUACUAUACAUUCCCCCUAGUGGGUGUGAAAUUCUCCGCGGGGUUUUUUUUUAUUUUCAUCGGAAAAAUCCCAAUAGAGCGACAGCAAUGGCGGAUGCCUCACUGCAACCGAGUCGAUCGAGGGAUCUUGAUAAGCUUCUUCUCAGGCCUGGUAAUCUUGUUGGUCCCAGGUUCGAACCUGGCCCUGAGAUGAGAGAUGACCUUCAGACAUAUGCCAGAGUGUUAGUAGUAGGGGCAGGUGGGUUGGGAUGUGAGUUGUUGAAAGAUUUAGCGCUGACUGGUUUUCGGAACCUAGAGGUCAUAGAUAUGGAUCGUAUAGAGGUUACUAAUCUCAAUCGUCAAUUCUUGUUCAGACUUGAAGAUGUUGGCAAACCAAAAGCUGAGGUAGCCGCUAAGCGUGUCAUGGAAAGAAUUAGUGGUGUAAAUAUUGUACCUCAUUUUUGCCGGAUUGAGGAGAAGGACAUAUCUUUUUAUAAUGAUUUCAACAUUAUUGCCCUUGGUCUUGAUUCAAUUGAAGCUCGUAGCUAUAUCAAUGCUGUCGCUUGCAGUUUUCUAGAGUAUGAUUCUGACAAUAAUCCACGGGAAGAGACUAUCAAACCUAUGGUAGAUGGUGGAACUGAAGGUUUCAAGGGCCAUGCUAGGGUUAUCUUGCCGGGGAUCACACCAUGUUUUGAGUGUACAAUCUGGCUUUUCCCACCUCAAGUGAAGUUUCCUUUAUGUACCCUUGCAGAAACCCCUAGAACAGCUGCUCAUUGUAUUGAAUAUGCUCAUUUGAUUAAAUGGAAUGAGGCUCAUGGUGGAACAGCAUUUGAUCCAGAUAACCCCAAGCACAUGAAAUGGGUCUACGAUGAGGCUCUCAAGAGAGCUGAGCUCUUUGGCAUUCCAGGAGUUACUUAUUCUCUUACCCAGGGUGUUGUGAAGAAUAUCAUUCCAGCUAUAGCUUCCACCAAUGCAAUUAUAUCAGCUGCAUGUGCACUAGAAACGUUGAAGAUUGCAACAGAGUGCAGCAAAACUCUGUCCAAUUAUUUAACGUAUAAUGGAACAGAAGGCGUCCAUACUAAAGUCACAGAUUUUGAGAGGGAUAAAGAGUGUCUUGUAUGUGGUCCUGGUGUACUUAUUGAAGUGGAACCUUCAGUCACUUUGCAGAAGUUCAUUGAUCUUCUGGAAGAACAUCCUAAGUUGCGGUUAUCACGAGCCAGCGUCUCUCACCGGGGAAAGAACCUGUACAUGCAAGCCCCCCUUGUAUUGGAAGAAAUGACUCGAUCCAACCUGGGCUUAAAUCUUUUUGAUCUGAUGGGCAAAUUAUCCAAGGAUAUUGUUCACGUGAACGGUACAACCACCAAGAAUGACCAGAAAAUCACCUGUCUGAGAAAAUUAUCAGUUGUUUUCAGGGGAGUUGAUGGGGUUACAGAUAUGGACACAGCUGGAGGAGCGUGACUUUGGUUCAGGGCUAUACAAAUAUGAAGGGUUUAAGAUUUAAGAGACCACGGCAGAUUACUAAUAUUGGUGAGGCAGGGAGAAUUAUGAAAAAGAUCUGAGUGUUAUGGCAUUUAUCCGUAAGAAUCAAAUAACCACUCAAUAUGGCUAUUCAAUUCAAAACCAAAUGAUCUAAAUAACAAUAUGGUUUGAUUAUUUGGCCGUGUCAGAUGAAAUUGAGGAUGGGCCAACUUCAUGAACUUUUACAGCACUUGGGGUUGGAGAUUUGUUGCCCGCUGGAUCUCAGGCUUGGCUUACCGGCAAUUCCUUUUUAUCAUAUGCUUAGUUAGAUUGGUGUAGAUCAGUUCCACUGGGGAUUUAACUUUUUAGCUUUUAUUUUCUUUGAAGUGAGACGCCUCUUUUUCUGAUGUUUGUAGUUUCACCUCAAUGGUUUUCGAGAGAAUGAAUAUACUAAGCUACUUUUGACA